CUAACCUCCGCCUGGUUAACAAGCAGAGGAUCAUAGUCACUGGUGCUCAUGCAGGUGAAAGUCAGAAGACUUAGUGUCUUUGAGAAUUCAACAAGAUCUAGAAGAUUGGAAUCAACAUGUCUACGAGUUUCCCCACAGGCUACAGCUCCCUGGGGUCCACCACAGCGACACCCUCCAACACUAAUCUCAGACUGGAUGCUGCUGAUAUUGCUGUGAUUGUGGUCUACUUCAUCCUUGUCAUGGUGGUCGGAAUCUGGUCAUCAGUACGAGCCAAUCGCAGUACAGUGGGUGGUUACUUCUUAGCUGGCCGUUCAAUGACCUGGUGGCCUAUUGGAGCCUCGUUGAUGUCUAGUAAUGUUGGCAGUGGAUUAUUUAUUGGUCUAGCAGGAACAGGAGCAGCUGGAGGCAUCGCUGUGGGGGGAUUUGAAUGGAAUGCAGCUUGGGUUCUUGUGGCUCUUGGCUGGAUCUUUAUCCCUGUCUACAUCUCUGCUGGCGUGGUUACCAUGCCUGAAUACCUUGCCAAACGCUUUGGAGGCACGAGGAUACGUAUCUACAUGUCGGUUUUGUCACUCAUCCUCUACAUCUUCACAAAAAUAUCUACAGAUAUCUUUUCAGGGGCGUUGUUCAUCCAGGUCUCUUUGGGCUGGGAUCUCUAUCUAUCAACUGCCAUACUGCUGCUCGUCACUGCUGCCUACACUGUGGCAGGUGGUUUGGCAGCCGUGAUCUACACUGAUGCACUUCAGACUGUGGUCAUGGUGGGAGGGGCCUUUGCAUUAAUGUUCAUAGCAUUCUCCAGGGUUGACUGGUAUGAAGGCCUUGUUGACCGUUAUAUGUCAGCUGUUCCCUCAGUGAUAGUUGCUAACACCACCUGCCACCAACCUCGUAGUGAUGCGUUCCAGUUGUUCAGAGACCCCAUUUCAGGUGAUUUACCAUGGCCAGGUCUGGUUUUUGGGCUAACUGUACUGGCUACCUGGGUCUGGUGCACAGAUCAGGUUAUAGUCCAGAGGUCUCUGUCAGCCAGGUCUUUGUCUCAUGCAAAAGCAGGCAGUGUAUUGGGUGGCUACCUGAAACUGCUGCCCAUGUUCUUUGUCGUCAUGCCGGGAAUGAUCAGCAGAGCACUGUUUCCAGAUGAGGUAGGUUGUGUGGAUCCAGAAGUGUGUCUGAAUGUUUGUGGUGCUUCAGUUGGUUGCUCCAACAUUGCCUACCCGAAACUCGUGGUGGAGCUAAUGCCUGUGGGUCUUCGUGGUUUGAUGCUAGCAGUAAUGUUAGCAGCUCUGAUGUCUUCACUGACUUCAAUCUUUAACAGCAGCUCAACUCUGUUUACACUGGAUCUAUACCAUAAAGCCAGGCCCAAAGCUUCAGAGAGAGAACUCAUGAUUGUUGGAAGGGUGUUCAUCCUGGUUUUGGUGUGUGUUAGUCUGUUGUGGAUUCCAGUCAUCCAAACAGCAAAUAGUGGACAGCUCUUUGAUUACAUCCAAUCAGUGACCAGUUUUCUAGCUCCGCCGAUUACAGCAGUAUUCCUAAUGGCUAUCUUCUGGCCACGUGCAAACGAGCAGGGUGCAUUCUGGGGUCUGAUGACCGGACUAGUGGUGGGAUUAAUUCGUAUGGUUCUGGAGUUCUCUUACGAACGUCCCUCCUGUGGACAGAGGGAUCAUCGUCCUGCCAUCCUGGCUGACGUCCACUACCUGUACUUUGCACUCAUCUUGUUGGCUGUCACAUGCCUUACCAUUGUUGCCGUCAGCUUGGCUACUGCCCCAAUACCUGAAGAGCAUCUUUACAGGCUGACCUGGUGGUCCAGAUACAACCAGGAACCACGUAUUGACCUCACAGCUCAGGUCCCAAUAACCUCCGACGCUACGAACUCUGACUCUAACCAUUUGCCAAAUGAGUCAUGGUGGAAGAGAGCAGCACUGUGGAUCUGUUGUCUGACCAAAAGCAGCUCUGGCUCUGUAUCUGUAGAGACUGAAAACAGUGAACUGAACUCCCUACAGGAGGAGCCCCUGUGGCGUAGUGUCUGCAAUGUUAACGCUUUAUUACUACUGGCAGUUAAUGUGUUCCUCUGGGGAUACUGGGCUUAAUCUUCUAAAACUUUCAUUAGUAUGAGUAAAGUUAAACUUG